UUAUUGAUUAUUUUCAAUCUGCCCCUCAUCACCAACGACAUCACCACAGUCACUUAUCUAUUGAUCUACGAUAAUAAUGGCACCGCCGAAUACACAAAAACGUACCAAAGGCGUCUCAAUCUAUAGACCCUUUGUAUAUGGUACCACAUCUCAUAAGUUCAGUGCGAAAUAUCCAAAACCAGAGGGAACGCCAGAGGAACAUACACAUCAAUGGACGGUAUUUGUAAAGGGAGUUGAUGAUGUGGAUAUUACGUAUUGGUGUCGCAAAGUCCAGUUCAAAUUACACGAUACUUAUCCGCAACAUCUGAGAUCAGUCGAAAAUGUCAAGCCAGGCGAUCCAUUCCAAGUAACCGAGACCGGCUGGGGUGGUUUUGAUAUUCAAAUAAAAAUCUACUACGAUCCAAUCGCCAACGAAAAAGCCCAAAGUUUCUGGCAUCGACUGGUACUCGAACCUUAUGGCGAUGAUCAACUACAAUUUAUCCAGGACCGAGAUAAUGAGGUGCGAUCUUGGGUAUACGAUGAGAUGGUCUUCAAUGAACCUUAUGAACAAUUCUAUGAGGUUUUGACAAAUCCCGUACCAAGGGAGAAAAAUAAUGGGGGCAAGGGAAAGGCGACAAGGACGAUGAGGGGAGGGAUGGUGGGAAGUGUGGGGGAGAGAACGGUCUUCAUACCCAUGACACAAAGACCGGGACAGCCAUUUAGUAAGGAUGGAGAGAGGGCGGAAGUAAAAAAGUUGGUGGAGGGGAAGAAAACGGUGGAUAGGCAGAAUGAGGAGUUGAGGAACGAAUUAAGGGAGAAGGAGGAAGAAGUGAAAAGAUUAAAGGCAGAGUUGGAAAAGUUAUGAGACGGUGUAUUUUUGAUGAUGGGGAUGAAGUGAAAAUGGGGAUAGGGAUGAGAAUCACAAUUGUGCUCAGGUUCUACGAAUCAUCAAUUGAAUUUGGGGGACGUCGAUAUGAGUGCCCAGUCAUACAUACACAAGGGGUUAAGCAAUUUUGCGAACCUGUUCGGACAUCCAUAAACUUGGAGGAUCGGCGCAUUACUGCAGAGGCUUCAGUAGUCAGAAGACACUUCUCACUAUUCCGGAUGGCGCACAGGUCACAAGGAUGAUAUUCAAAAGUGAGUGGGAUAAAGGAGACCGAACUUUGGCGAAAUUGGAACCGUACUUUGAGUGCGGAAGUGUUGGAUUAGAAGAAUGGGCUCACAGGCCAUUAUCACAUGUUCGAUCAAGAUAUCAGUGGACGCGAAUCAAAACCUGGGAAUUGAUGCUUAAAGUCUUUCAAGGAUUUAAAGAAGAGGAGAGAUUGUAAAAUAAGCAUGAGUGACAGAAAGGAUAUUCGAGAUAGAUGUCAGAAUAACAUCCUGAUUUAUGUCAAUUUACAGGCAUAGAAGAAAGAAAUUGGGGGGAGUAAAAUAGAUACUCGAGAUUAAAAAGCGCACAUUGAAUUUUGUGAGAGAAAUGAAUUUCAUCGAUGU